AUGAUUCUGUGGCUGAACUUUCUUGCACUUCUUGGAGGUGUCCAAUCCGACAUCCAAUUGGUGGAGUCUGGAGGGGAUGUGAGAAGACCUGGAGAAUCCCUCCGUCUCUCCUGCCAAGCCUCUGGAUUCUCCUUCAAUGGCUCUUACAUGGGCUGGGUGAGACAGGCUCCUGGGAAAGGAUUGGAAUGGGUAGCCUAUAUAAGUCCUGGUUCCGGUGCUUACUACUCAGACAAAGUGAAGGGACGCUUCACCAUCUCCAGGGACAAUGCCAAAAGCCAGAUGUAUCUGCAAAUGAACAGCCUCAAAGCUGAAGACAUGGCGGUCUAUUACUGUAUGAGAGGCAUAGCAACAGCUGCUUUGCCUUUUCCAGACACUCCUACCAGCACAAAGUCUGUGCAUUAUCCCAACACCUCUCCUUUCAGCUCUCAUCCAUUCGUUACAGGGAGACCAAACAUGAUUCUGUGCCUAAACCUGUUAUCCUUACUUGCACUCUUCGGAGAUGUCCAAUCUGACAUCCAAUUGGUUGAGUCUGGAGGGGAUGUAAGAAGACCUGGAGGGUCCCUCCGUCUCUCCUGCCAAGCCUCUGGAUUCACCUUCAGCAGCUCUUACAUGCACUGGGUGAGACAGGCUCCAGGGAAAGGACUGGAGUGGGUUGCAAGGAUAGGUACAUCCUCAUCUCCAAUUAACUACUCGGACAAAGUCAAGGGACGCUUCACCAUCUCCAGGGAUGAUGCCAAAAGCCAGCUGUAUCUGCAAAUGAACAAUCUGAAAGCUGAAGACACAGCAAUCUAUUAUUGUGUGGGAGACACAGUGCAGAAUGUGCUGAAAGACAAUGAAGAAUGA